AUGGAGGCACCCGUGCCCCUCGCGGAGGCGGAGAACGACGCGACGGUGACGUGGUCCGAGCUCGAGGACGCGACCGGCCUCGACGGCGCGCCGCACUACCUGUCCAUCAAAGGCCGCGUCUACGACGUGUCGGCGUCGGCGGCCACGUUCUACGGCGUGGGCAAGAGCUACCACGCCUUCGUGGGCACGGACGCGUCGCGCGCGUUCGCGCUCGGCUGCACCGAGCCCGAGUGCGUCAGCGACGACUUGACGGGCCUCAGCGAGUCGGAGCUCCGCGAGAUCGACCGGUGGACGGAGAUGUACGACACGCACGACAAGUACCACUACGUCGGAAAGCUAGUCGAGGACCCCGUCGACGCCGUCCUAGAACGAGCGUACGCGGAGGCGUAA